UAGAGCCCACCCGCAGCACGCAGCAGUCUGAUGGCUAUCAAGAAGCAAGAUCAUAAUCUAUCCUGAGUUUGAUGUAAUCAAUAGUUACAAUCUCUGCGAUAGGAUUCAGGUGAACGCAAUUGCAUUUCAUAUUUUUUGUUUGUUUGUUGUUUUUUUUUAAUCUGGGCGCGAUGGCCAGCUUUGGGAUGCAGAUCGUGGGAUUUCUCAUCGCUCUAGUCGGAGUCGCUGCGACUGUUGCUGCAACUUUCAUGGUGGAGUGGAAGAAGGAGGCUCAGGGCAAAUUCCACAUCUAUGAAGGUCUGUGGAUGACCUGCAGCGGGACAGAGAGGACGACCUGUGAAAGACACAAGUCUGUGCUCAAACUGUCAGAUGAAGUCCAGGCAACGAGAUCCGUGAUGUUGGUGUGCCUCUUCCUGUCUGCCGUUGCGCUGAUUGUCUCCACGGUGGGGAUGAAGUGCACCCGGCUGAUGGACAGCAUGCCGGAGAGCAAAGCUAAAGUAGCGGUCACUGGAGGGAUGCUCUUCCUCAUCUCAGGUUUUGUAACCAUCAUCAUCACCUCCUGGUAUGUCAGCAUAAUUGUUGAGAUCUACCACAAAUCACACCGUCUGCAAACGAGAGAGUUUGGUAAUGCAAUAUUUGUCAGCUUGGGUGGAGGAUUCUUCUCUGUGGUUGGCGGUGCUUUCCUAAGCUGUCGGAGAUGUUGUGAGACUAAAUCCUCAGCGUCCAAAAGCUCCAACCAUCUCCUCCCUACCACACACUCCAAGUCUAAUUACGUCUGACGGAGGAGCGAGGGGACCCACGUCCUUCUGAGGACAAACAAGCUGCACAUUCAUCUGGUAACUAGGUCAGGAUCACUAAGUUCUCCAUGUAAAGUUGUAAAAAAACAAUCACAGUUCAGAUUUUGUAUAAUGCCAAAUAGCUUUACAACUUAGGCAGAAGAACUUGGUUUUUUUACUUGAUUUGUUGUCAUUCUACUAUUUUUAUACUUUGCAAAAAGGAAUCUCUUCACUUUAAUAGAUUUAUAAAUAUACAUGACGUGUGCUGGCUGUACGAAAAGUUUCACAUUUUCAAUAAGCUGUCUGAUUCUUUUCCAAAGUUUAUGCAUCCUUUUUGUGGAGCUGUUACAAAGAUGUUACACAUUUUGAUAAGAAAAAUAAACCUAUUUGGGUUUUGUUGUUCU